AUGACUUUGAAAUCUGUUUUCCUGUUGUUAGGAGUGAUCGGCUCAACGUUAGCAAUUAGUUGCUAUCGAGAAACAGCUCUACCAACGCUAACAAAGGGCGAUUCCACGGAAUGUGUGCCUGGAUGCGAAUUUUGUGUCACUCAUCGAAUCAUCAAAACCUCGGGCGUUCAGAUCGAACGGCACUGCGGUUGCGGUGACUCAAACACACUUCUUGGAUCGCUUGUCAACUGCAAGGGAGAGGGAGUUUUCCCCUAUCAACUAAUGGAUGCGACAAUCACUAAAACAUGUUGCCGAGGCGAUUUCUGCAACGGGGCUGAGAGCAGUGAAAGUGUGGCUACAGUAGUGGCCACUCAAACAACUACAACGACAACCCUUAAACCAAUUGAACUGAAAUCUCUCCCACCAAUCCCAAUCAUUGUUCCCACUGUGAUCACCAUUCAACCCGUUCUUCCCGAUUCGUCAGUCACUCUGUCAACAAUUCUCCCCAUUGUCAUUGCUUUUAUUACUUUGUUUUAC